ACAAACACCUCGUGAUCAUAGAGUGAUUUGCGUCUUUUCAAAUUAAUUCAUUAAUUGAUGACCAUAUAAAUAAAAUACGCUGUCAUAUUUAAUUGGUUGGAAAGAAUGCGGGUGAUAAAAACUGAUUGAUAGGUAGCAAGUCCCAUUUUCAUUGUGAUUGUCUUUGAAGUGUUUGAAGAGUUAUUUAUGUUGACAUCGCUUGGACAUUUGUUUGGAUAUAAAUAUAACUGUCCUGUCUCAAUUGAGGUUUAUUAAUUCGCCUCGCUUGGAAGCAGAACCAUGUCGAAACUUUUGUUCGUGUUGGCCACGGUGAUUGGGUGUCUGUCGGCUGUCGCCAUUGACCACACCCCUUGUCCCCUCGCCCCACCUGUGAUAACUCCUUUAACCGAAACAAAUCCAGGGGCACUUCAAAUGGCUGGGGUGGAACGUUGUGGUGACGGGGUUCUUCUUGAUGUCCGAUUGGACGGAUGUACAACCGCGCCUUGCACUUUUCGUCGAGGACAAUACUACAACAUUGGGGUCGACUUUAUAAAUCCUGAGAGCGGGGACUAUGGGAACGUGUUCUUCAAAGCGCUGACUUACAGAGCUAAUGAAGUUCAGAUUAUCGCGCCAGAUUUGUACCUGGAAGGUGUGAGGAUAAACUCUAAUACACAAUACCGGUUCGACUAUGACAUCUACAUUCCGCCCACGGGCUUCACUGGCGACAAUUCCGAACUCCGGUUUACGGUUUACCAGAACAUGAGGAGGCCACUCUGUGUCGUUAUUCCAGCCAUAAUUGUUUGAUUAUACCAUCCAAACGUGCGGACUUUAUUCGAAUACUUGAUUAAAAUUCUAUUAGAAUUACCUUGAAAGCUUUUUACUAAAGUUCCAAAAUUUAUAAUAAAGUGCAAUAUAUGAAAUCAUUGCUUCCGAAA